GGCUUGAGCUGGCUUUCCUAGCUUCCAGAAGUCCUCUUGAGUCACUGUAAGCACCUGAUGACACACAGAUAACCGGCUAACUAAUGAGUUUGCAAAUCAAGAAAAGAUAAUGCUCAGCUCUUGGAAAUAUCAUUCCAACAUUUGGGUCAUCUAGUAGAUAAGGAGCUUGAUAGAGCACAACCACCUGCAAAAAUUGUUUGUUAAUUUUAUUAUCUAGACGAACUGAAGAUCACAUGUAUGUCUUCAUUGUAAGUCUCUUUUUCUAGAGUAAAGCCAAUAAUUAGAGGCACAAGAUGAUCAAAAGUGUAUACCUUUUUGCCUUUCAUAGAGCUUACCACUUACGGCAUACUGACACUUCUUCAUGUUUUCAUUUAGAGGUCGUAUUCGAGAGCCAUUUAUCUUCACAUGUUACAGCAAUCGCAUACCGAACUUCAACCUUAUCGAAACAAAAGAAAAGAAAUUGUGAGAAUCCGUAAGACUGGAUCAAAUGAAUCGACAUCAAAACUAAAAGGCGACAGCUUUUAAAAUGGGUUAUCAACACCAUUGAAGAAAAAAAGAAAUUGAUCAUCGCCAUAACUUUAGAUUCGAACUACAGAGACUUGCCGGUGGAGACAUGGGACUUUCGGUUGGAUUUUGUUAACAGAGCUUUCGAUUUUUCGCUGGAGGCCUUCGGGUUUGCUUGCUUGCAAGUAAGUUCAGACGAAGCGGUUGAGCAAUCUUUAUGUGAGGAUAAAGAGAGGGAGGUGGAACGAAACUACAAAGGAAUUAGUGAGCAGCAUUGAUUGAUCAAGAAGAGCUCACCGAAACGGACAUCAGGAGAACCAAGCUGGUGAAGACGAAGUGGAACGCAAUCGAUGCGUCAGAUAGUAUGAUUUUUGAUUGAUGGAUUUGACAUAGGAUCAAGUUAAUUUUUUAGAACACUCUAAGCCCAUUUCUAUCUUUCCUCUGUAGCUUAUAUUAUGACAUGGUCAAAUAAGUGUUUCUUAUUGGUCAAUUUUUUAAUCCUACAUGGAUAGUUUCUCCUUUGAGCAUAUCCUCUUUUACUUAUUGUUUGAUUUUAAUGUAAAAGUGGUGGUAAUGAUUAUGCCAUGUGGCAUUUUUUUGUAAAUUUCCUAAAAAUUGGAUUUGGACAACUAUAUUUUUCAAUUUAUUUAUAGGCUGACACAUAAACAAAAUUAAUAGUUUAAUUAACUGAAACAUAAGAAAGAAUUUUUUUUAAUUAGUACAAAAUACAUGUUAUAACUUUUUAAAUGUUUCUCUAUUAAUAUAUAGGGGAUUCCAAACAAACUUUAUUAACCCGCCGGAAACAUUUCUUUGUCAAUUUUAUAUAGAAAUUUGAUUCGUUUAAAAACAUUUAUAUCAUAAGUUCAUAACAUAUUCUUACUGUUCAAUUUUUUUUUUCUUUUUGGAAUUUUCGGCACACAUCUGGGUUUCUUAUUGUUUUCAAUAAAGACUGGCUUACAAAUUAGCAAUAAAAUAAAACAGCAUACAUCUUACCCUUAUCGCUUUUCUAUAUACUACCCCACUGGAUUCUUUCCAACAACUGUAGUUUGUCUUACUCAAAACAUCAACCAGGAAAGUUAGAACCCACAAAAAAAAAGGGAAAUGGAUCUUGCUCCUGAAAGUUCACUUAUUGAGAAAGAAAAUCUAGACUCAUCGGCUACAACUAUAACUCUAUUCCUCACUACUUUUGUAGCUGUGGCUGGUUCCUUCGUUUUUGGCUCAGCUAUAGGAUACUCAUCACCCGUCCAGUCCGACUUAACGAACGACUUGAAUCUAUCUGUGGCAGAGUAUUCGCUCUUCGGUUCGAUUUUGACAGUUGGGGCAAUGAUUGGUGCAGCUAUGAGUGGACGAAUUUCCGAUUUGAUUGGCAGACGAGCUACAAUGGGUUUCUCGGAGAUGUUUUGCAGUCUUGGUUGGUUAGUGAUCUACCUUUCUAAGGUUACAAUCUGGCUUGACGCUGGAAGAUUCUUGGUCGGUUACGGGAUGGGCAUUCUUUCGUUUGUGGUGCCUGUAUAUAUAGCUGAGAUUACUCCUAAGGAUCUUCGAGGUUGCUUUACAACUGUUCAUCAGCUAAUGAUAUGUUUGGGUGUCUCCAUAACAUAUCUACUAGGCUCUUUUGUUGGUUGGCGAAUAUUGGCUUUGAUAGGUAUGGUACCAUGUGUUGUACAAAUUAUGGGAUUAAUUUUCAUUCCAGAAUCACCAAGAUGGUUGGCAAAAGUUGGCAGAUGGGAAGAAUUUGAAAUUGUAUUGCAACGAUUAAGAGGAGAAUCUGCAGACGUUUCUAAUGAAUCUAGUGAGAUCAAAGAGUAUACACGCAGACUGUCACAAAUUUCAGAAGGUGGUAUAUUUGAUUUGUUCCAAGAGCAGUACUCGAAAUCUCUACUUGUGGGAGUUGGUCUAAUGGCACUGCAACAAUUUGGAGGCGUUAAUGGAAUUUCCUUUUAUGCCAGCUCUAUUUUUGUAUCUGCGGGGCUUUCUUCCAAAAUUGGAAUGAUUGCAAUGGUUAUUGUACAGAUCCCAAUGACAACUAUAGGCGUAAUUCUGAUGGAUAAAUCAGGCAGACGACCACUCAUUCUUAUUUCUGCUGCGGGCACAUUUAUCGGGUGUUUACUCGUCGCCUUAUCAUUUUCCUUACAGUUGCCAAUGCCACAACUCAUUAUACAGAGUACCAAGGAUUGCAAUUGGUUAGUACCAACAAUUGCAAUGUCUAGCCAAAAGUUAUAUCUGUUGAUAUCAACAAUUGCAAUGGUUAGCUAAAAAUCACAUUGGUUCAUCACCAUAAACUUUAAUUAUCAAUGGUUGUAUUGAUUUAUCAUCAAAUGUUGCAACGGUUCAUCACUAAUAGAUACAAUUACAAACAUUUGCAAUGAUUCACUUAAACAGUUGCAAAAUUUCACUUAAAACGGUUGAAAGGAUUCAAUUAAAUUUUCAACAAUUUUAUGUAUUUAUUUUAUAAUAUAUAUAACUAUAUCAAAUUUUGUGUAUAUAAUUGCCUCAUAUUGCUUUAUGGUUUCAUAUUUUUACUUUUUAUUUCAUGUUAUUUUAGUAUCUAUCGUGCCUCUGAGAUUAGUGCCUCGAAAAGUAUUAGGAAUUAUUUUACUUGUUUGUUUUUUUGCGCAACAGUUUACUCGUUUGUUAUUAUAAAUAAUUGUAGCAUAUUUCAACGCUUCAAAAUGUAUGUAAUUCUGCAUAUUAUAAAAUGUCGGCUCACCGCUU